AUGUCUGUGGUAGAUGCGCGGCAUCCAACCUGUGGCCGUUGCGAAAAGGGCGGUUUUCAGUGCCAGGGCUAUCGCCGCCCCCUUCGAUUCAUUAAUUCCACAGGGCAAAGCGCUAAGAAUAAUCUAUUGCCGCGGAAAGGCGGCAUUAUUCGUGGCCCCUCGACACCAGAGGACAUGAAAGGCCAAGCUGACAACCACAACGUCGGGAAUACAACCUUCUCCCGACCGACGAUUGACAAUUCAUGUUCCUUGGACACGUCGCCCCUGGGGCGAUCUUUGCAAUCUUGCUUACGUAUUUGGCCGUCUAAUGACAUUGUCUUUACCACUUCAUACGCAUAUGUAGACAUUACGACCACUGCGGUAGGUGACAAUACUGGCACUCACCUUAGCUCCAGUGCCCCUUUCAUCGGUAGUCGUGUAUGGGCCCAGCUUCAUGGAGAUGCCGCCAAACACGUCCAAAUCUUCUUAUACAACCUUCUCGUUGCGCAAGGCAUGGGCUUGGGAGUGUUGGAGAGUCGCCAAUGGAACCGUGGCAGCAUGCAGCCGUCAGCGCUUGAACUCUCUGUUGAAGCUGCUGCGUGGGCUCUUCAUGGGCGCCUCACAAAGCACACAGUCAAUGUGCAGCAGGCCAUCACGCAAUUCAAUCCCAUCACCCAUUCUCAUGUAACAAUAUUGACAGUUGUCAUGAAUAUGGCGCUUUUUGAGAUGCUUCUCCACAUGGAUGAAGCCCGGAGAACCUAUCUCGAAGAACCUUGCUGGCAAAACAUCCCCUGGAGUGAGUAUCCGGAUCAAAAAUCGUUUGCAAAUCGCUUCAUCGAUGUCGUUUGUUGUAUCCCAGGUAUCUUGGAGGAUGAAAAGCGACGCAUUAAGAUGCAGCAAGAAUAUAUGUCAACCGGUACAACCUGGUCACACGACCUUUACGAAUCCCUGAGGCAACGAGUCAUCCUCCUAUAUCUUAAGCUUCUAAGCAUACGCUGGGAGUGGGAGUUGCAGCAUCCUUCCUGCUGUUUCGAGAUCUUCCAAGAAUCCAGGACAAAGGCAGGAGGUGUGCUAUCUGUCAAUGAAGCAACGGGCCAGCCUAUCUUCAAUUCGGUCGGCUUAGGCAUCAUGGACGAGCUCAAGGAGCACCAAGCAUCACUCUCGUCCUUCUCGUACAAGACAAAUUCACCGCUGACAUUUCCGCACGAAACUGAACCAGAUCGUAACGCCGUACGUGAUAUCUGCCGUAGCGUGGAGUUCCUUCUGCAACCGACACAUGGGCCAGCCGGCGGCUAUGUUCUCAUGUUCCCAUUGCGCGUCGCACAGAUAUACCACGAUAUUCGGUUACCAUCACGAGAUUACAGCAAGGAAAAAUGGAAUGAUGUAAAUACAUCCAUGUCAAAUGACUACAGCAAUGAGUCGGAUGUUCACAUUGUAGAGACUCAACCUGGAAUGGGCGUUGAUCAAUCUGUUGUGGACCAUGGAGGUUUUUCCGGCCGCGGGGAUCAAAAUGAGAGGGUGAGAAUGGACAGGCCACGAAAAGAAAAUACUGUAUUAGAAGCGGAAAACAGCACAUCAACCAAGUUCGGACAAUGUGCUAUCAUUUCGGAAUGGAUUCAGAAGGUUAUGCGAUACAUCAGCGACGUACAUGGGUUUAUUAUAUCGAAAAGCUAUACUUCUUAG